AUGUCUCAACAAAACGAGAACCAAAAUUCUGACACAACAUACACAAAGAUAUUCGUGGGAGGUUUGCCUAGGGUAACAAAAGACGAAGGCUUGAAAAGUUCCUUUCAACAAUUCGGAGAAAUUGUCCAUGUUAAUGUCGUCUUCGAUAAACAAACACAACGAUCAAAGGGCUAUGGCUUUGUCACGUUUAAAGAUGCUGAAUCCGCUACAAGAGCCUGCUUGAAUCCGAAUCCAAUCAUUGAAGGACAUAUAACCAAUUGCAAACUGGCUUCUGAUGGUGAUAACGUUAACCAUAACCAAUCCAACCAAACCGGUUUUCCUGACGAUGAUCUUUGUUGGUUAUCCCAAAGUUUUCGUCUAAGCCAGCAACAACCUUCAAUUCUUCAUCAACCAUUAACUAUUGGACCUUUUUGGUACCAUUAUUAUCCGCAAUAUGUUCCACAAUUUUAUCCAGAGACUUACCAAUAUGAUCCGCAAUAUUUUUAUCCGCAAUAUUAUCCAGAGACUUACCAAUAUGAUCAUAUGGUUAAUAACCAAACGGAUGGAGCGUAUCAUUCGACGAAUGCGGUCGAAGAAGAAUCAAGCAGCUUAGCGGCUACAGAGAUAGAGUUGAAGUUGCCUUCGACACCGAGCGCUUCGUCAACUAAACCUAUAAAUAUGACUACUGAUUCAAUGUCCGAUGGAAGCAGCCAGAGUUAG